AUGCUUAGCCUUCAUCCUGACAUUUCUUCAGCAGAAAGUGAAAUCCAUUUUUUUGACUGGGAAGAUCAAUAUAAAAAAGGUUUACAGUGGUAUGUUGGCCAAAUGCCAUUUUCUUAUCCCCAUCAGCUCACGGUGGAGAAAACCCCUGCAUACUUUACAUCCGUUAAAGUCCCAGAGCGCAUCUACAAUAUGAACAGCACAAUAAAACUCCUUCUCAUCCUAAGAGACCCUAUUGAAAGAGUUUUAUCAGACUACACACAAGUCUUUUACAACCACUUGCAGAAGAAUAAAUCCUAUCCACCGGUUGAGGACCUACUUUUGAGGAAUGGUGAGCUGAAUACAGACUACAAAGCAAUAAAUCGGAGUCUGUAUUAUAGUUUCAUGGAAAACUGGUUAUCGUAUUUCCCACUUCAUAAUAUUCACAUCGUCAAUGGAGAUUAUUUAAUUCGAAAUCCUUUUCCGGAAAUACAAAAGGUAGAGAAAUUUCUGAAUCUAUCUCCCCAAAUAAAUGCAUCAAACUUUUACUUCAAUAGGACAAAAGGGUUUUACUGUUUACGUGACAGUGGUCGGGAACGUUGCUUACACGAAUCCAAAGGGAGGGCCCACCCACGUAUAAACUCAUUCCUGCUGGACAAAUUACGGGAUUACUUCCAUGAGCCCAAUAAAAAAAUUCUUUCAACUUGUUGGAAGGACAUUUGA